UUUAUAGGCUUGCUUUUAUAUUUUUAGAUAUAUGUAGCUAAAAUCUUCUGUUCAAAGAGAUGCCACCAAAAAAAGAUACUACUAAAAAAGUACCAAAAAAACCUGUUUUAAAAUGCAAAGGUACUCCUCGGGGAAUGUCCAAGCCAAUGCUACCUGGUUUAGAAAUGACAGACCUAAUGAAGAAACAAUGGAAACUUGGACCUGUUAUUGGACAGGGUGGAUUUGGCUAUAUUUACUUGGGUGACACUCUAAGCAGCAAGGAAGUGACACAAAAUAAUGCAAAUAAUGUUAUUAAAGUGGAGCCUCAUGCUAAUGGACCACUGUUUGUUGAGUUGGCGUUUUACCAGAGAGUAGCAAAGUCAGAUAUGAUCAAUUCUUGGGCAAAAUCUAAUAAAAAAAAACAUCUUGGUAUACCUGUCUACAUUGGUACUGGUUCAUUUGAACAUGAAGGGACAAAAUAUCGCUUCAUGGUCAUGGAUAGAUUUGGAACAGACGUUGAAAAAAUAUAUAAAGAACACAAUUUCCAAUUUCCAGAAAAAACUGUCUAUUCUCUUGGUCUUCGUAUUUUAGAUACGCUUGAGUAUAUUCAUGAAAAUGAGUAUGUGCAUGCUGAUAUCAAAUCAUCCAACUUGAUGAUGGGCUUCAAGAAAGCAGAUCAAACAAAAGUGUAUUUGCUUGAUUAUGGUUUAGCUUACAGGUAUUGUCCCAACGGCAAACAUGUUCCUUACAAAGAAGAUCCAAAGCGAAAACAUGAUGGUACCAUUGAAUACACAAGCAGGGAUGCUCAUAGAGGCUGUGCUCCAUCUCGUCGUGGCGAUAUGGAAAUACUUGGUUAUUGUAUGAUGCAAUGGUUGUGCAAAAGGUUACCCUGGGAAGAUAAUUUGGAAAACAAAGAUUAUGUCUUUAAACAAAAAACUAAAUAUAUGGAUGACAUUGAUGCGUUUGUGAAAUCUUGUUUUAAUGCUGGGAACACACCAACUCACCUGUGUGAAUAUUUAAAACUUGUUGCAAGUUUGAAAUACGAUGAAAGGCCAAACUACAAGAAGAUGAGAAGCUUGUUUAGUGAUGGCUUGUCUAAAUGUGGUUUCAAAGAUGAUGAUGUUUCAGUUUGUUUACCAAGCAAAAAGCCUUCACCACAGAAACGUCGUGCCACUGUUGACGAUUCAGACUCGUCGCCUAGUCCAAAGAAACGACAGCGCGGCAAACAAAAGGACGUUUCCCCAUUAUCAUCACCUAGUCCUAAAAAACGUCAGCGCUCUGCCACACCAAAGAAAACGUCUUCAAAAAACUUGAUAGCGAAAGCACCAGCUACUGGUGCAACCUUAUCUAAAGGCCGUUCUCCUCGAAAAUCUCCUUUGAAAAAGACUAAAACACAGAUCGCCGAACAGAAAGUAAACGGUGAAGUAAGGAUAGUCCACAGGAGACCUCGGAGGAAGAACGUUCCAACUAGAGAUUUUGCACAGUCACCUUAACUUGAGUAAAUUAAAUACACAUGCGCCAAGUUCAUGUUAUAAGGAGUGAUUGUAGCAGAAAUGUUUUUUGAAGAUGCUAUUUUGGAAAGAUAUUAAAGAUAGUAUUGGGGUUAGCCUGUUGACGUAGAUGAUUUCUAGUAAAUUGCAACUUAUUUAAAUGGUGAGUCAUCUUGACUUUCUCGUAUUUAUGUAAAAGUGUAUGGAUUCUGGGUUUGACCAGCGUUGUUUCCUCAUUUGUCGAUGCAAAUUAGCACAUUUGUUGGCUGCUAAUCCUGUAAUGGCCUCAUUAACGUUUGUACUUGACAAAUUCUAUUGUUUCAAAGGAAUUUUCAUCCAAGAUUUUUGGUUGAUAUUUGGUGGUUAUGUGUUUUUACGCUAAAUGCAUGUCAAUUUAUGCGUUACGUGUUCACAAUCGUAAAUCGCGAAUUAUGUUUCGUUUUUCUUAGAACGUUUUUACAAUCUGAAUUUUAAGAAACUUGUAAAAUUUCCUAUUGUAAUUAUUGAGUAAUAAGUAAUUAAUUAAUGAAAUACAUAAAAACAUCGACA